AUGAAAACUUGGAAACUUGUUUCUGCUUUAAUGUUAUGGCAAACCUGGAUGUACUCUACAAGAAGUAACGUAGCUAUCAAGAGAUACAAAGACUUCAAUAUAGCUGUCUACCUGCCGCUAUGUUUAAAGGAAGGGUUAACAAUAAAUUCACUAAUGUUAAUUGAAGCAGUUGAGUAUGAAAUAAGUAAGUUCAACAAACAAAUGCAUUCGAAGAACAUUACUAAACUUGAAGUUGGGUAUGUUAUAUACGAUAGUUGCUACAGUACAGCAGAAACUGCAAAAGUUAUUAUCGAUACGACUAUUAAUUACAUCCCAUCUAACGAAACUUUAACUGUUGAUGGUGUCAGGUUCUGCCUCUGCCAAAAUACGCCACAGCCCUACAUUAUUGGAGUGAUUUCCAGUAUUCCACGAUAUUAUACGGCAUUAAUCGCUAAUGCAUUCGUAGGAGGGGAUGAAAAAUUGAUCUCUAUAUCAGAAGACAGUCCGCAGGUUAAUUUUGAUGUUUAUCCAAAUUAUUUCCGCAUGUUAAAUGACGAUGUCACCACCUUCUUAGUAUAUCAAGCUACGAUUGAGUUUUAUAAGUGGAAAAAUAUUGGUCUUUUGUUGUCGGACAAUACUUAUGGCGAGAUUGGGCAUCUGGCAGCAUUGAAACAUUUUAAGAAUACAACAUUUUGUGUAUCCUUUACAGCUUAUUUGCAGUCAGAAUUAGCUUCUGCUAACGACGUUAUGCUAAGAUUAAAACACCGCACGCAUCUUGAUGCGACAAUAUUAUGGCUGACGCCUGGUGACAGUGAAAUGUUUUUCAGUCUUGCUAAGAAACAUAAUAUUCACAAUAGAACAUGGAUUGGUGGGCCAUUAAUUGCGAAUCUGCCUUUAAUUUACCUGCAACAAUUUAGUCCACUAAUAAUUGGACAGAUGCUGUUCAUAACUGUGGAAAAUAUUCUGUUUCGAGAAACAACGGAGAGCAAUUUUACGGCGUAUUUUUGGGACCUCACAAGAGAUGAAGUAAGCAAUAGGUGGAAGGGAAAUAUCCAUUUUAGUGAAAACUUUACUAAGAGUGAUUUAAGUGAGAUGAAGUCGCAGGUAACUGCAGCAACUUACACUGCUCUGCAAUCUGUGUCUUAUGCCGUAAAUGCUUUAAUUUUUGAAUUAAGCCAAGUGAUGCUGCAUAAUUUGAAUAAAAAUAAAGAUUAUAUAUUCCAUUUGUACAGAAAAAAGAAAUUGGAGCACAACUUUUUUCUAACGUUUACAUCAGUUGGAGAUUUCGGUGAUAUAAAUAUGAUACAAAGGGAAGGCGAUAGUAUCUCUUUAAAACGGAUAGGAGGUUUCAUCAAGUUAUGGAACCUUGUGUUAGUGGAAAAAGUCGGAAAAAAAACAUAUGUAUCAUCUUCUUCUUGUCACGACGAAUGUGAGGCAGGAUUUUAUCCAAUUUAUGUCAACAAGGAUUGCUGCUGGAUUUGUUCGGAGUGUGAAACUGGAUUCAUAAAGCCAGACGUUGGUAACAAAAAUUGCUUAAGAUGUUCACUUGAUACGGAGUCUAACAAAAAUAGGACUAAAUGCUUGCCGUACCAGCGCGUAUAUCCUUCAUAUCGUAGCAACACAGCAUAUAUAUUGUAUGGUUUAGUUUCAAGUGGCAUUAUUUUAAACAUCUUUACCUUUGUCAGUUUUCUUAAAUACAGACAAACACCUGUCGUUCGAGCUUCUAAUGUACCAUUAUCCUUCGCUCAACUAUUGGCUCAUGCACUGCUCUUUUUGGGUCCUUUAUCAACAACAGGGACAAUCUACAACACAACAUGCGUGGUAGCUUUAUUUCUUCAUGGCUUUCUUAUCUGCUUUAUACAAGGAAUAAUAUUUGCCAAAACAGUAUUCCUUGUGAUGAUCUUUCAACGCAAAUCGGCUCCACAAAACACGAUUCGAACAAGAAGUUUGCAAUAUUCUAUUGUGACAACAAUACAAGCCAUCUACUGUUGUAUGGUUGCUGUAGUGUUAAUGCAAUCACAGAAUGGAAUCAAAACAUUCCGAAACCAAGAGAAUUUAACAACUGAAACUAUCUGCGGUAACGGUAAUCUUCUUUUGCUGCAAAUGAUCUACGUUUUAUUCAUAACUUUACUUUGCAUGGUUCAAGCUUUCAGAGCAAGAAAACUACCAACAUUUUUUAACGAAGCAAAGUAUAUAUUGUAUGCAGCAUUUGGUAGCUUUGUUAUAUCCACAAUGUCUGCGUUGCUUUACAAUAGUCUAACCGAUGCAGAUUCGUUAACGUUGCUUUUUCAUACGAUGAUGUUCUUGUUAAAUCUUUGCAAUUUCACUUGCAUAUUUGGACCAAAACUUUGGAUCAUACUUCUUGAACCUGAAAAAAAUGAUGUGCGCGUACUUCAAAAAGCUUUGUACGCAAGUGUAAAAGAAGAGGUGAAUUUGCAAGUUUCUCGUGCACAAAGGUAUACGAACACUAAACUAUAA